AUGGGAUACGCCUACCGUAGUAAGGAGAGUAUAGAAGAAAAAAUAAGAAACGAAACAAAGAAGGUCCAGCGUUUCCUGAGAGACGAAAAGGACAAAUUCAGUGGAACGGGAGGGGGAGUUUACGUGCUAAAAAAACUGGCGCCUUAUCUGCAUCCCCUUGCUGAUGCUUUAGCCGAAAAACACCAUGUUGGAGGAAUACCGGGAAUAGAGGACGCGUCCGGAGAAGAGGACGUUGCGAUUACGACGGACGGCGCCGAGCAAGAUGCAGUAAGUGAUGAAGCAGCUGACAAACAAGCCGAUGCUCUCGCUUCCACCGAUCCUGGGCCAUCACAAGAAUCUCAGGAAAGCUCUAGGCCGUCUCAGGCAUCUGCUCCAACACCGUCGCGCACCGCACGUGAAGCACUGUCACUGUUCUCUGAUAAGAGAACUCAGCUCUACGAGGAAGAGAUCAAGGUGGCGAGGAUGAAGCAAAAGAAACUCCAAGUCGAGAUACAAGUGGCUGAGUUGAAGAAGGAGGAAGCAAAAUUUUUAGUCGAAGCCGCGAGGGCGCGAUACAAUGCGACGAAUCCCACAUCGCCUACCUCACGACCAUCCACUGCGGAGGCCACGUCCCCCACUUCCAAAUAUAUGCGGUACUACAACAUUUAG